AUGUCAGACUUUCACGCUUUUUCUAAUAACUGCUCUUUCGAUUUCGAAGACUAUAUUAAAACAGAAUUAGGCCUAGGAGCGAACAAUGAGUCAGAUCAAAUAUGUCAGGAUUUUUUGAGAGGAACAUGCACUAAAGGCUCAAAAUGCGAAUUUAAGCAUACAACAAACUUUCGAGAAAAAGCUGUAGUAUGUAAGCAUUGGUUACGUGGUCUUUGCAAGAAAGGUGACCAGUGCGAAUUCCUUCACGAAUUUAAUAUGAGAAAAAUGCCUGAAUGUUGGUUUUAUUCGAGAUAUGGAGAAUGUAGUAAUGAAGAUUGUAUGUAUUUGCACAUUGAUACUGAAAGUAAAAUUAAAGAAUGUGCUUGGUAUGCCAGAGGAUUUUGUAAACAUGUUGCUUGUCAAUUAUAUUUGAGCGGAUUUUGCCCUAAAGGAUUGGGGUGCCCUAAUGGACAUCCAAAAUAUGAAUUACCAACUACUCAGCGAGAACACGAUGGUCAUGAAGAAGAAAGUCUUCACAGGAAUUUUAAUGAUAAUGAGGAGCGUACAGGAACUCAUUAUACUAGCCUCCGUUCUCUGGCAGAAGUUACAUGUUUUAAG